AUGCUACAGGAUCGAGUCGGCUUGCCAGAAAACCAAGUUCAAUCGCAUGUGGAUGGUUUACUCGCCGCCUAUGCUGGAGCUUCCGUGGUCUUCUCGCCUGUUGCUGGAAUACUAGCAGACAAAACCUCUACAAGGCAAGGGCCCUUUCUCCUCGGGCUUACUGCGUUGUUGCUCGCAACCGUGCUACUCUUCAUGGGCAACAACGUUCCAACGCUGGUUGUCGCGAGACUCCUUCAAGGCUGCUCAGCCGCCUUUGUGUGGACAAUCGGACUAGCACUUUGCGUCGAGACCGUCGGUCCGGAGAACCUCGGGAAGACCAUCGGAUCAAUCUUCAGCUUCAUAUCAGUCGGCAACCUGGUGGCUCCGUUGCUAGGAGGUGUCCUCUACAAGAAGGCUGGAUAUGCAGGCGUCUUUGGGAUUGGCUUCGCCGUCUUGGCUAUCGACUUCAUCAUGCGUUUGUUGAAUCCUCGGCUGAUCGCCGCUUUGAUGGUAGCCUUUGUCCAGGCUCUACUGCUCGGCGCCUAUGAUGCCACCAUUCCCACCAUCGGUCAGGAAUACUUCGGCUUUGACUCGUUGAAAGCGGGGACAUUGUUUCUGCCCUUAGGCAUCUUCGACUUCCUGCUCGGUCCUGUCUUCGGAUGGGUUGUCGACAAGUAUGGCACUAAAGUGGCGGCGGUCGGAGGCUAUACCUUCUUGGUCCCUUGUCUCGUCUUGCUUCGCCUUCCGCAUGCUGGAGGCAAAGAUCAGAUUAUACUGUAUGCGGCGCUUCUAGGACUGUGUGGAGUCGGUCUUGCUGCUAUCGGAGCUCCAUCGAUUGUCGAGGCAGGCAAUGUUGUGCAGAAGUAUUACGAUGUUAAUCCCGACUUCUUUGGUGAACAGGGUCCUUUUGCGAGUUUGUACGCUAUGUCGUCGGUCGCAUUUUGUAGCGGUUUAGCUGUCGGUCCCGAGCUGGCAGGCGAGUUGAAGCAGGCUAUUGGUUAUGGCAACAUGAAUAUCGUCCUUGCAGUCAUUUGUGCGGUAACGGCAGCAUUGUCGCUCUUCUUGAUCGGAGGCAAGCCCAAGAUGCUUCGUGGGGGACGGUACUAG